AUGGCGAAUCUGUUUCGAGUUGCCUCAAAGUUGGGCAAAUUCGUUGGACCCGGUAUUAUGGUGAGUGUAGCAUACAUGGAUCCGGGGAACUAUUCCACAAGUGUAUCGGGAGGUGCGCAAUUCAAAUAUAAGCUUCUAAGUGUCAUUUUGAUCUCAAAUAUUUUUGCUGUGGUUUUGCAGUGUUUGUGCUCAAAGUUGGGUACUGUUACCGGUAAGGAUCUAGCUGAAAACUGCCGUAUACAUCUGCCACGGAAAUUAAACUUCGUAAUUUACGGUUUUGCACAAAUGGCAAUCAUCGCCACUGAUCUCGCAGAAGUUGUGGGAACAGCGGUAGCACUCAAGAUUCUGUUCAAAAUUCCACUGCUGUUAGGCGUUUUAGUCACGAUAGUCGAUGUGCUCGCCAUUUUGAUUUUCUACAAGCCUGAAGAGCAAACUAUGCGUCAAGUCCGAGCGUUUGAAAUGUUAGUCACUACCCUGGUCACUGCCACAGUGGUUUGUUUCAUUCUGGAGCUUUACAAGAUUAGUAUACCCGACAAAGCCCCUUUAUUCGAGGGUUUCUUGCCGUCACCAGAAAUUAUCGAGAAUAAGCAAGCCAUGUUUAUAUCUCUUGGAAUCUUGGGUGCUACUGUCAUGCCUCAUUCCUUAUACUUGGGGUCGUCACUUGUCAAGCCCAGAUUAAAUGAAUUCGAUCUCAAGAAGUACGGUAAGGUGCUGGAACGUCCAUCGUUAGGCGCUAUUAAGGACACUCUCAAUUACUCAUACGCAGAAUUAAUCAUUUCCUUAUUCCUUAUCGCGACUUUUGUCAACUCUGCCAUUUUAAUUGUUGCCGGCGCAACUCUGUUCGGGCAACCUGAGGCUGAGGACGCUGAUUUGACAUCUAUUUAUGAAUUGCUCUCGCGUUAUAUUUCUCCUGCAGCCGGUCUGAUCUUUGCAUUGGCUAUGUUAUUCUCAGGCCAGUCUGCCGGUGUUAUUUGCACAAUGGCCGGUCAAAUUGUCUCUGAAGGUUUUCUCCAGUUUACAUUUGAGCCUUGGCUAACAAGGUUAAUUACACGACUGAUAGCUAUCGUUCCCUGCUUCCUGGUAACACUGUUUCUAGGUGAGAGAGGGAUUUCUAAUAUGCUUAAUUUGAGUCAGGUAGUAUUAUCUCUCAUUUUGCCUAUUGUGUCCGCUCCUUUGAUUUAUUUCACAGCCAACAGCAAAAUUAUGACCGUUUCGACUGUGGAGGAAGAUGUUAGCGGCUCUGUUACCGUCAAUGAAACAACUCCACUUAAAAAUGAACGCAACUUAAGAAUUAACUAUGCUAAUGGUAGGCUCUUAACUGGAGCGUCGAUCUUGAUAUGGGUCAUAAUAGGGUUUUUGAACUGUUAUCUAGUCAUUUCCUUUCUGAUGGGAGAGGAUAUCCACUUUUAA